AUGAAAAACCUGUCGUCAAAGUUACAGAACAUUCCUCUUAAAUCAGCACAAUGGCUUCGCCGUUACAAGUGUGGACCAAAUGUAUUUGCAUUUAGAAAUCUUGAAACGGGUCAAGUAGUGUUCUCUCAGACACUUUAUCCAAAAGAACUUGAUAUUCAAAAUCAAUUUCAAUUUGCCAACUGGCAAAAUAGGCUUCCAAAGGCCGAACGUAAGGAUAUUUGGAGACCACUUGCAGUGGUGACACUUCCAAAUCCCGAGGCAGCAGUUUCGUUUUAUGAAAAUCUGGUGCAAUUACGGUUCAUGAGAGACAGAUCAAUGAAGAAACAAGCUAAUGACUGGCGAAAAAAAUCGACUGAUGAAAAUAUUUGGUAUUAUGGGCAAUUCAGACCAACAUACACACAGGAGGCCGUGGCUGACCUGGCGAGCGCUGUGGAAGCAUCGAAUCUUGAGUGCGAAAUCAAAUGGGAGAACGAGUGGAGACGAGGAGAAGAUAAGUAUUGGGAGGGCAUCACUAAUGUUAACCAUGCAUAUCUCCCCAAAUAUAAUCCUCGGGAACAGACUGUAAUGCUCAAAAAAAUAGCAAAGGAGGCAUAUACUGCUUUUAGGCGACAGGAGAAAGAACUCUUUAAGAGCCUUAAAAUAGGCCCAUACGCGGAACCUGCAGCACAGUCAUAG